GCUUUCUCCUUUCCCACAGGGAGCCAAUAUUCUAUUGACUGAUCAAGGGGACGUGAAACUAGCGGAUUUUGGUGUUUCAGCCGAACUGACAGCAUCAGUGGGCAAGAGAAAAUCUUUCAUUGGUACCCCAUACUGGAUGGCUCCGGAAGUCGCUGCCGUUGAGAAAAAGGGUGGUUACAAUCAGCAGUGUGACAUCUGGGCCGUUGGGAUAACAGCCAUCGAACUGGCUGAGUUACAGCCCCCCAUGUUUGACCUGCAUCCCAUGAGGGCAUUGAUGUUAAUGUCGAAGAGUAAUUUCCAACCCCCAAAACUGAAAGAUAAGUUAAAAUGGUCCUCGGAGUGUCACAGUUUCAUCAAGAUGAGCCUGAGAAAGAAUCCCAAGAAGAGGCCGACAGCGGAGAAACUGCUCCAGCACCCAUUCGCCAACCAGGCUCUGAGCCGGAUCCAAGGGAUUGAACUUCUGGACAAGGUCAAUAAUCCGGAGGCCAGCACAACCUCACCUACAGAUGACAGUGACCUGGAGCCCUGUGACACUUACCCCGAUAAGAUCACCUCGCUGGGGGGACACAUGAGAGCAGAGAGGACUCGCUCCGAGAUCCAGUGUAAGUCCGUCACUCCGCUCGAACCGGGGGCUGCAUUGUCUGAUGUGUCUGUUGGUUGACACCAGCCAUUCACUCGAGGGGUACAUAUCAAGGAGGGCUGAGGAGAGACCGGCGGGAGAGCUGAGAGGGAUUUGUGCACCAAACCUACGUUAUCUGUGCCUUCAACAUACAAUGGCACCCUGAACCAUGUCAGGAGAUCUCACAGGCAGGAGAAAAAUAUUCGGCUAACAGAGAUGGGUUUCAAGGAACACACAAAACGAGGAGAGGGAG